AUGGAAAAGUCAGGAUCUCCCCUUCCAGUGAUUGGACAUAGUUUCUUUCAUUCAAUCACUAAUAGUGGUCCAAUAUCAAUUUUUGCAUAUUGUUUUUCAUCAAUUUUGAUGACAGUUACAAACAAAUAUGUUCUUUCAGGUUUUAGUUUCAAUUUGAACUUCUUCUUAUUGGCAGUUCAAUCUAUGGUUUGUCUUUUUGUCAUUGGUUCAUUAAAAACAUGUGGUAUUAUUACUUAUAGACAGUUUAAUAAAGAUGAAGCUAAAAAAUGGUCACCAAUUGCAUUUUUAUUAGUUGCCAUGAUUUAUACUUCAUCAAAAGCUUUACAAUAUUUAAGUAUUCCAGUUUAUACCAUUUUCAAGAAUUUAACAAUUAUUUUAAUUGCUUAUGGUGAAGUUAUUUGGUUUGGUGGUAAAGUUACUACUAUGGCUUUGAGUUCAUUCUUAUUAAUGGUUUUAUCUUCAGUCAUUGCUUACUAUGGUGAUAAUGCUGCUGUCAAAUCUCAGGAUGAUACUGUUGCCAUGUAUUUAGGAUAUUUCUGGAUGUUUACCAAUUGUUUUGCUUCAGCUGCAUUUGUUUUAAUUAUGAGAAAAAGAAUUAAGUUAACUAAUUUUAAGGAUUUUGAUACCAUGUAUUAUAAUAACUUAUUAUCCGUGCCAAUUUUAUUAAUUUGUUCAUUUAUCUUUGAAGAUUGGUCAUCUGAUAAUUUAUCCCUUAAUUUCCCUGCUGAUAAUAGAUUUGUUACUAUUUCUGCUAUGGUUUUAAGUGGUGCUUCUUCAGUUGGUAUUUCUUAUUGUUCAGCCUGGUGUGUUAGAGUCACUUCCUCAACCACUUAUUCUAUGGUUGGUGCAUUAAAUAAAUUACCAAUUGCUCUUUCUGGAUUGGUUUUCUUCAAUGCUGUUGUUAAUUUCUGGUCAGUUUCUUCAAUUUUUGUUGGUUUUGGUGCUGGAUUGGUUUAUGCUGUUGCUAAACAAAAGCAACAAAAGGAAUCUCAAGCUUUACCAACUCCAAAUAAUCAUAAAUAA